GGCAGCUGGUGAUUUGCAGUGGUGAGGAUGUGCUGAAGGCUGCAGGCCCGUCUUGGCAGAAGGACUGCAAUGUUGAGCGGGUUUUCCUCUCUUCCAGGUGGGAUGGACUCCGGAGACUCUGGGCUCUGCCUGAUGGAAGAUGUCACCAGCACUGGGCCGCACAUUAACAUCGGCGCCCAGUAUCAGGCAGAGAUCCCAGAGUUUCGGGAUCCCUCCCGCUUGCCAAUGGAGGAGGAAGAGGACAAAGCCUGGCUCGUCUGGGACCCUUCAACACCGGAUCGAGGUUUCUUUAACGCUUUUCUUCCAAAGAACCCCCGAGAUGUUCCUCCCGUCACCCCCUUGUUUGCACAGAACCUUGACUUUCUCUUCCCGCUCUGCUUGCAGUGACCGAGCUCCUCAACCUAGCGAGGUCCAGCGACGUGCCGCGCGCCAAGACCACCUUAGAGCGUGCAAUGCACUGCCUGCACGAGGCGCGCGGCAACGUCCUGGAGGCUCUGGAGCUGCUGCGCCAGGGGGGUCCCCAGCCAAAUCAACACCAUCCGCUGGCUGGCUACCAUUAUACAGGUAUGGACACGUGGACCCCCCUGGAGCAGCAGCUCUUUGACAUCGCCUUCCGCAAACACAAGACCGAUUUCCACAAACUGCAGCAGGAGGUAAAGCCGCUGGAUGCAUUUGUUGUACGUGUGUGCCUUCAGGGUUUGCCUCCGCCAUCGCCCUCACAGACUGCUUCUCUUCUGCUCACAACAGAUUCCAACUAAGACCGUAGCGCAGUGCGUGGAAUAUUAUUUUACUUGGAAGAAGAAGAGAAGACUCGGCCACAAAACUGUUCUGGUUAGGGGAGGAAAGACCAAAAGGCUGCUAGAGGAGCUGGAGGAGCCUGAACACAAGGUGCUCAGUUAUUCCCCACUUGCAACUUUGGGGCAGCAAAGGGCGACUCCACUCCCGCCGCUCAAAAUUACCCCAAUUUUCUGCUGAGGUGCCUGUCCUCACCAUCCCAUUAA